CACGGCACUGCUUUGUUCAACAGUAGGGGGGCAGACGAGCCCAGUUGCUUUGCCCGAGUCGGUGAAUGCAAUCUACCAGGGCGGGCAAUCCCGUUUUAAAAAAAAUAUACCCGUCAAGCUGUGCCGUAAAGUAUCUUGGAAAUAUUUGUCUUUCCUGGAGCCUCGGGACUUCUAAAAAGGGAUGUCAAAGCGAGUGCGGAGCAGAGAGGUCUGCGCUGAUUGCAGUGCCCCGGAGCCACGCUGGGCCUCCGUCAACAGGGGGGUGCUGAUCUGCGAUGAGUGCUGCAGCAUCCAUCGAGGUCUGGGGCGACACAGCUCUCAGGUCCGGCACCUGAGGCAUUCUCCAUGGCCAUCCUGCCAGUUACAGAUGGUGCAGACGCUGUAUGGCAAUGGAGCUAAUUCCAUAUGGGAGCAUAGCCUCCUGGACCCUUCUUCGUCAAUGGGGGGGAGACGCAAAGCCAACCCUCAGGACAGAGUUCAUCCCAACAAGACAGAGUUCAUCAAGGCCAAAUAUCAGAUGCUGGUGUACGUCCAUCGGAUGCCUUGUCGGGAGGAUGACAGUGUUACCGCAAAAGACCUCAGCAAGCAACUCCACUCCAGUGUUCGGACUGGAAAUCUAGAGACCUGCCUACGACUCUUAUCUCUGGGAGCACAGGCCAACUUCUUCCAUCCAGAGAAAGGGAACACUCCACUACACAUAGCAGCAAAAGCAGGCCAAAUGUUACAAGCUGAACUGUUGGCGGUUUAUGGAGCUGAUCCCGGGGCCCUGGACUCCAGUGGAAAGACCCCCAUUGAUUAUGCAAGAGAAGCCGGCCAUCAGGAUCUGGCAGAGAGGCUGGUGGAGAUCCAAUAUGAGCUCACUGACCGCUUAACAUUUUACCUUUGUGGUAGAAGACCAGAUCACAAAAACGGACAACACUUCAUUAUUCCACAGAUGGCAGACAGCAGCUUGGAUUUGUCAGAGUUUGCAAAAGCUGCAAAGAAGAAGCUCCAGUCGCUAAGUAACCAUCAGUUUGAAGAACUCGCCAUGGAUGUUUACGAUGAAGUGGACAGAAGAGAAACAGACGCAGUGUGGUUGGUUACGCAGAACCACAGCACUCUGGUAACGGACACCACAGUUGUGCCUUUUCUGCCCGUCAAUCCAGAAUAUUCCUCCACCAGAAACCAGGGUCGUCAAAAAUUGGCAAGGUUUAGUGCUCAUGAGUUUGCCACCCUGGUUAUUGAUAUUCUGACUGAUGCUAAACGGCGGCAGUGGGGUAAUUCCUGCGACAGUCCCAAAGAAAGUGUGGAGCUGAUCCUUCAGGGAAUAGACAGUUGCCAUAACAGUGAAAGCCAGGACAAUGACCAGCCCGAUUACGACAGUGUGGCAUCUGACGAGGACCCGGUGCAGGAGGCCACCUGUGGGGACAUCUGCAAUGAUAGAAGGACCAAGAGUUCUGAGUCAUCUGACCUCUCCGAUGGACCAAUCACAGUACAGGAAUUCCUGGAGGUGAAGAGCGCCCUCAACGCCUCAGAGGCCAAAAUUCAACAGCUCCUUAAAGUCAACUGUCACCUCAGCGACGAGCUGCGCAGCAUGCAGAGCAAGCUGAACUCCCUGCAGACUGAAAAUACAACGCUGCGAUGGCAACCCCCCGGCGGACAGCAACCCCUCCGGGGGCCCUUCGGUCGACAGCCGCCCCGCGGAGGCCGCGCCAUGUCCAUGUACGAGACAGGCUCGUCCCCAAGGCCACACCCCCACCGGGUCGAAGCGGCGUGUCGGCGCGACGGCGGGGUCGUUUUACAACCCAUCCCGACCAAUAUUGGGAGGGGUCCUUUGGGGACGGCUGCGUCCUCCCUCCCUACCUUCCCCUCUUCCUCUUCCCUGUCCUGGUCGUGGGAUGAGCGGUCUCGAAGGGGCUGCAGUCUGGAAGCUCACAGUAUGAUGCUGGAGAGCGAUUACGACACCACGCCAAACCACUCCGAACUGGAGGACACUGGCGGCCCACUUCCAGCCUCUGAAGCAGUGGAGCCAGGGGAGGAGGGAGAGGCAGACGCCACCCUGCCAUGCACAGAGGACGUCAUCUGUAAGACGGAGCAAAUCACCAAGAACAUACAGGAGCUUCUGAGGGCCGCCCAGGAGACCAAACAUGAGAGCUUCCUGCCGUGCUCAGAAAAGAUCUGCAUGGCUGUGACCGAGAUGGCCGCCCUGUUCCCCAAGAGGCCGUCCUCGGAGACGGUGCGAGGCGCUCUGUGCCUGCUGACCUCCAGUGCCGGCCGGCUCCACGGAGAGUGCCAGAAGGCCGCGGAGCACGACCCUCGCGCGUCGGACAUCCAGCUGGUCACUCAGCAGGUCAUCCAGUGCGCCUAUGACAUUGCCAAAGCUGCCAAGCAACUUGUUACUGUGACAACCAAAGAAAACAAUAACUAGUUAAACCGUGAAGACAAUCCCAAUACGCCCAAAAGUAUUCAUCAAAUAAGUUGCUCAUUUCAAUUUAGUCAGUGUUAACCCUAUUUUUUGUUUUCCCUUAUUGAUCAGUGUAAGCUUUCAGAUACAUUCCGUGAAUAAAUAUUUUUUUAAAAGCUGCGACCUACAAACGAAGAUUAAAAUCAUUUAUUUUCUCAUUAUUUUUGAUCAUCAUAUAGAGUGAACUUGUUAAAGCCGUAGGACUGAAUUUUGUCAUGAUUACUUACCUUACAAAGAAAUAACUGUUCAAAAAUCCAGCACUAAUCCACUGUGUAUGUAUAGAAUGACAACAGCAAGAGGUUGAGCCUUCCACAUCGUGCUUUUCCACAUAGAUGUCAGCGUCUGAGCUUCUUGAGGUCGGGUGUCUGGGGUGCCGCGGAGGACAAAAGCCGCGAGACACCUGGCCUCCAAGGUCAUAGCAGAUUAACUUUCAUCCUUUCAGCGUAGUUUCCCCUUUUAACCGUUUUUAAAUAUAUUUAAGAUGCAAUGACAGUAUUUUAAUCUUGAACCAUAGUUAUACCACUUGCUUCGAGUUCAAAUGUUUGUUUAGUGAGCAACUGUGGUUUUGAAAGUCUCUUCAGUGCAUUGAGCUCCAUGUAAGGCCAGCAGUACCAAGAGUGUGCAAACAUUCCAUCCAGCAGCCAAAUUUAUUGUUUUGGAAAGUAUCAGCAGUUAUAAUGUUACAACCAUACUUCUGAUAGUGUGUGUGUGUGUGUGUGUGUGCGCGCUGUUGUCACAGUAAUGGCCUCAAUGGCCCUGUGUGAAAUCCCUUUUUGAAUCAAUUUUAAAAGCAUUAUGCAAAUAUAUAAGAUGUAUGUAAUUCCAUGUAAUUCUUUAUCAAAAUAACCCAAAAUACUAUUCUAUUUAUAAACUAUAUGUCAUACCUCUAAAAAACACAGAUCAAUGUUUAUUUUCAUAAGCUUUUGUUUAACAUGAUGCUCCUCACAGACUAACUUUUCUCCUGAGGUUUGGGACGUCUCAGCUGGCAGUGAGUGUUUGGUGUGGUGCUGUAACUCCAGUGUGUUCGAUGCUACCUGUGGUCACAAACGUACGGCUGGGGUUUACGUUUGCUGUUUAACUAACUGUGCCCACUAAGGUCCUGUACCUGUGGUAGAGCUUAGCUCUCAAGUGUCACCCGUUGUUGUGAGCCAGAUAAGUUUCAACCGGGGUGGAAAGAGAACCAAGAACACGCUGCAUGAGGGGAGUAGAGUUCAAUCUUUGAGUGAGUGACCAGUUCUAAAUGAGUGAGAUUUCUCAGGCUGUCAAAGGACUGAAAAAUAGUCUCCAAGCAAUCAUGGGCGGGUAUUUAACUGCCUUUAAAUCCUCGUCUGUACAUAUUAUAAUAGCACAACUUUACUCAUGGUCUACUGUUUUGUGACAAUGUAAUGUUGCACAGCCUUUUGCAUUUUUUUUCUCUCAAAUUCAUUAAUUUCAAGAACGUUUUGUACUUAAACUGUGUAAGCAUUUCAGAUAAUUUCCCAUUUCCUUCCACAUCAUUUACAUUUAAUAUUGGUUCCCAUAGGGCUUCAUAACAGACCAAGUAAAGGUUACUUUCUCAACUACUCACAGAAAUGUAUUAAGCAAUGUGUGCUUAUAGAUGAAAAAAAUGUUUUAUUUAUCAUUUCAAAGUGUACGUUUUUCCUUGAAAUGAGCAAGUACCCAACACAACUACAUAAAAACCCCUUAUGAAAAGUGACUCUUAAGUGAACUGUUAGUCGUAUUCGGUUACUUUCCACCUCUGGUUUCAACCUUGGCAUUGCAUUCCCUGUAGAGCCUACAACUGCCUCCCUGCCUUAGGUUCAAAUAAAGCAUACUUCAUACCUCAA